AGAGGAACUGGGAUGUGAGUGGCCAAUGAGCGGAAAGAAUCUAUAAAAAAGAGGAGUUGGCGUAUGGUGGGAUGCAGAGGAGCAGAGCCAAACCCUCACCCGUCCCUCACUGCUCUGUCACUCGCUCAUAGCCCGUAGCCGUCCGAUGAAAUGGAAACAACGGUUAACUGAAUCCGUUGCAGGCGUCGCUCCCCCUUCCAAUUCCAUCACCACCGUCGUCAUUCCCUUCCUUCUUUUUUUUUUCUUCCCAAUUUCCUUUUUCUAAAAACAUUAUAUUCCUUUUUUUCUUUUUCUUUUUUAAGACAUGGAAUUGGCAAUGAAGGUGGCCGAGGCCGUCCAUGUGCUCAACCACGAUACCCAAUCCUGCAACCGCGUCGCAGCCAAUCAGUGGCUCGUUCAGUUCCAACAGACCCACGCCGCCUGGGACGUCGCCACCGCCAUCCUCGCCGCCGAUCGCCGCCUCCCCCUCGCCUCCAAUUUCGAGGUCGAGUUCUUCGCCGCGCAGAUUCUCAAGCGCAAGAUACAAAAUGAAGGUUAUCUACUGCAGUUAGGAGCUAAGGAUGCUUUGUUAAAUGCCCUUCUUAUUGCAGUCAAAAGAUUCAGUACUGGUCCACCUCAGCUUUUGACACAGAUCUGUCUUGCACUCUCGGCUCUUGUACUUCAAGUUGCUGCACAUGGAAACCCUAUUGAGCAGCUUUUUUACAGUCUACGGAAUCUGCAGAGCCAAGAUGAUGGCAAUAUUGCUGUCCUGGAGAUGCUCACUGUCCUUCCAGAGGAAGUCGUUGACAACCAACGUAUUGAUUCUAAGAUUAGUUCAUUACACAAAAGCCAUUAUACCCAAGAGCUUCUCUCCCAUACACCUAUGGUUCUUGAAUUCUUGCUGCAGCAGUCUGAAAUAAAUUUUGAUGGUUCUGUGCAACAACAUGAAAGGAACAGGAAAAUUUUACGUUGCUUAUUGAGUUGGGUUAAAGCAGGUUGCUUCUCUGAGAUUUCUCCAGGAACAUUGCCAGCUCACCCACUUCUAAAUUUUUUGUUCAACUCAUUGCAGGUUCCUUUAUCAUUUGAUCUAGCCAUUGAAGUUCUCGUUGAACUUGUGACUAAACAGGAGGGAGUGCCCCAAAUUUUGUUGUGCAGAGUACAUUAUCUGAAGGAAGUACUUCUUUUUCCAGCUCUUACUAGGGGAGACAUGAAAGUAAUUGGUGGCCUUGCUUGCUUGUUAUCAGAAAUUGGGCAGGCUGCUCCGUCUCUAAUUGUAGAAGCAAGUGCAGAGGCCCUAGCCCUAACAGAUUCCCUAUUGAGCUGCGUGGCAUUUCCAAGUGAAGAUUGGGAGAUUGCAGACUCAACUCUGCAGUUUUGGUCCACUCUUGCAAGCUAUAUACUUGGUAUUGAUGAAGAUGGUGCAAAAAGUAGAAAACACGUGCAAGAUAUUUUUUCUCCCGUGUUCUCAACAUUACUUGAUUCGCUGUUGUUGCGUUCUCAGGUGGAUGAUUCUACAUACAAUGAUGAGGGAAGAGUAGUUGAUUUGCCUGAUGGCCUUAUUCAUUUCAGGAUGAACCUAGUAGAGCUUUUGGUGGAUAUAUGUCACCUGUUAGGCUCUGCUACAUUUAUGCAAAAGCUCUUUAUUGGUGGGUGGGCAUCUCAGAAUCUAUCAAUCCCAUGGAAGGAAGUGGAAAGCAAGCUAUUUGCUCUUAAUGCUGUUGCUGAUGUCAUCAUACAGGAUGGCCAAAGUUAUGAUUUCUCUGUAGUUAUGCAGUUGGUGACCAUGUUGUCCACUAAACCUUCUGAUGGCGUGAACGGUUUCAUUUGCAUUGUAUACAGAUCUCUAGCAGAUGCUGUUGGUUCUUAUUCCAAGUGGGUGUCUACUUUUAAGGAAAAUUUUAGAGCCUUGCUAUUAUUUCUUGCUGUUGGGAUUUCAGAACCACUAUCUUCAAAUGCGUGUGCAUCUGCCUUGCGUAAAGUCUGUGAAGAUGCUUCUGUAGUAAUUUAUGAACCUUCAAAUUUGGAAAUUUUAAUGUGGAUAGGAGAGGGUUUAGAGAAGUGGCAUUUGUCUUUGGAAGAUGAGGAAGAAGUCAUGCAUGCAAUAAGUCUGGUCCUUGGUUCUGUUCCCAAUCGAGAAUUAAAGAAUAACUUAUUGGCUAGAUUGCUUUCAUCUAGCUAUGAAGCUAUUGGGAAACUUGUUGAUCCAGAGAUCAGCCUUUCUCUGAAACAGAGUCCAGCUUCUUAUACACAAGUUCUGAAUGCUGCUUCUAGAGGGUUGCACAGAAUGGGAACUGUAUUCAGUCAUCUUUCCAUAUCCGUGGCAACUGAACCUGCUGCAGAUGACUCAAUACUUUCACUGCUAAGGGUUUUCUGGCCCAUUUUGGAGAAAAUUUUUGGCUCUGAGCAUAUGGAGAAUGGCAAUUUAUCUGUAGCAGCUUGCCGAGCUCUUUCACUAGCUGUUCAAUCUUCAGGUCAGCAUUUUGUGACCUUACUGCCCAAAGUGCUGGACUGGCUCUCGACAAAUUUUGUUUUGUUUCAAAGUCAUGAAUGCUAUAUAAGAACCGCUUCCAUUGUCAUUGAAGAAUUUGGUCACCUAGAGGAGUACGGACCUUUAUUUGUCACUUUGUUUGAAAGAUUUACUCAUGCAGCUUCUGUAAUGGCCCUAACUUCCUCCUAUAUAUGUGACCAAGAACCUGACUUAGUGGAGGCCUACACCAAUUUUGCAUCAACAUUUAUCCGAUCCUGUAACAAGGAUGCCCUGUCAGCUUGUGGUUCUCUUCUUGAAGUUUCUAUACAAAAGGCAGCUAUUUGUUGCACAGCCAUGCACCGUGGUGCAGCACUUGCUGCAAUGUCAUACUUGUCUUGUUUCUUAGAUGUCGGCCUUGUCUCUUUGUUAGAAUGUAUGAAUUCUAUUGCUGAGGAUUCAUUCAACGUCACAGCCAUUCAUGUCAUAUCUCACAGUGGUGAGGGGCUUGUUUCUAAUGUGGUGUAUGCUUUACUCGGUGUGUCUGCAAUGUCACGGGUUCACAAGUGUGCAACAAUUUUGCAGCAACUAGCAGCAAUUUGCACUUUAUCUGAGAGAACAACGUGGAAGGCUAUACUUUGCUGGCAAACUCUUCAUCGAUGGCUGCAUUCAGCGGUUCAGGCUCUUCCUGCCGAAUACCUAAACCAUGGAGAAGCAGAGGCCAUAGUGCCACUUUGGUCCAAGGCCCUUGCUGACGCAGCCACUGACUAUCUUGAGAGCAAGAACUCUGACGGAUUAAAGAGUGAUUUUGGGCAUAUGCAAGGGAAGGGUGGCAGAGUUUUAAAGCGGCUGGUUCGGGAAUUUGCUGAUGCUCACCGAAAUAUUCCAAAUCUAACUUGAGCACUGGAUGAACAUUUUUGUUUAGUUUUUAACUUGUGCUUUUCAGCUUGAAGGUUAAAGAGUUCAAUUCAAGAGGCAGCUUUGAUCUUUCCCUAGCGGUACCUGUAUCACUUGUUGUACAUUGAUGAGAUAUGUAUAGAUGCGUAUGGUCAACUCUGGUGCCCUACUGUUUAAAAUGCCUCACCAUUUUCCGUUACUAUUUCUCUGUAUUUUUGUCCUCUGUACAGUAUAUGUCCACAAUUUUGGCCCUCAAAAAUCAGGUUAGGAUAGAUGCCCCUAUUUUUCAAAUUGUACAGGAUAUCCAUGAAGGAUCAUCCACAUAUGGAAUUAGAGAUUUUGAAGGAAAGGAAAUUAAUGACAUCCAUAUUCUGUAGUCAUUUUCGUUGUAUUACAUGAAUCAGCUUGAAUUACUAUAAUA